AUGGCUGACAACAACUCAUCCUAUACCAUUGCUCCUUUAGAGCACACGCCCCUCGAUGAGAUCGCCGCCAAGGUCGAUCUCGUGAGGAAGACCUUCAGGUCAGGCCGCACCAAAGACAUUCAGUUUCGCAUGAUUCAGAUUCGCAAGCUGUAUUGGGCCAUCGUCGACAACACUGAACUGAUGCAAGAUGCCCUCAUUAAAGAUCUUCGCAAGUGCAAGUACGAGGCCGUUCUGGCCGAGAUUGAUUGGUGCAAGCAAGAAUGUCUCGACAUGGUCAACAACAUGGAAAAAUGGCUACGCGAUGAGCCUGUCCCCAAUGUUCCUUUGCAGUUUCGUGCCAUGAAGCAUCGCACUCGCUUCGAACCACUCGGGGUUGUCCUUAACAUUGGAUCCUUCAACUUCCCUUUCCAGCUCAACCUCCCUGUCGUCAUUGGCGCGAUCGCUUGUGGUAACUGCGUUGUUCUCAAGGCUUCUGAAUCAUCUCCCAACUGUGCCAUGGUGCUCAAGAAGAUCUUUGACGAGUCCCUGGACCCCGAAUGUUUCACAUAUGUUAACGGAGCUUUGCCCGAGACUCAGCUUCUGCUCGAGCAGAAGUUCGACAAAAUUUGCUUCACCGGUGGUAAGGCGGUCGGCAAGAUCAUUGCCCAGAAGGCUGCUGAGACCCUCACUCCUGUGCUUCUCGAGCUCGGUGGUCUGAACCCGGCCUUUGUCACCAAGAACGCCAACCUGAAAUUGGCCGCCAGACGACUUCUGUGGCAGAAGUCUCUCAAUGCAGGCCAGGUCUGCAUGUCUCACAACUACAUCCUCGUCGAGCGAAGUGUCCUUUCUCAAUUCUUGGGAGAGCUCAACAACCAGAUGCGCACCUUCUUCCCCCAAGGCGCCAAGAACAGCCCUGACCUUUGUCGCAUCGUCAAUGCUGGCCACUUCAACCGCCUCAAGAAGAUGCUUGAUGGCACCAACGGCAAGAUUGUCCUGGGUGGCUCCAUGGACGAAUCGACCCUGUUUAUGGAGCCAACGGCGGUGCUUGUUGACGAUACCAACGACAGUAUGAUGACCCAAGAGGCGUUUGGUCCCAUCUUCGCAAUGAUGGCGGUUGAUUCCCUCGACCAGGCCAUCGAAAUUGCUAAUUCAGUUGACCCAACACCUCUCUCCCUUAGCGCCUUUGGCAGCAAGGCUGAGAAUAAUAAGAUUCUGGAUAAUGUGACCUCUGGCGGCGCCACAUGUAACGAUGCCUUCUUCCACUCUCAGAUUCCGCAGUCUCCCUUGGGAGGUGUCGGCCAGUCUGGAAUGGGCAACUAUCAUGGCAUCUACUCUAUCAGAACUUUCAGUCAUCAGCGUACUAUCGCUGAAGUCCCUUACUGGGCUGACUUCCUCUUCCGCGUGCGAUACAUGCCAUACCAGUGGCCCGUUAUGAAUCGGAUGAAGGCGGUUUCCGACCCAAAGCCUAACUUUGAUCGCAACGGUAACAAAACCAAGGGGGUUACAUACUUCCUUGCGCUGGUCCUCGGCCUCGGAUCAAAGAAGUCCAAGGGCGCUCUUCUCAGGUGGGCCGUCCUUGUGGUUGCAGCCGCCAUACUGGAAGCAAAGAAAGGUGUUCUGAGCCAAUUGCUCACACGAUGA